AUGUCCGUUUGGAACCCCGAUAAUAUUCGCGAUGUCGCCGAGUCGGUCGGUGUUGUGAACCUCAGUAAUGAUGUCACCGAGAACCUUGCCCGCGACGUCGAGUACCGCGUCGCGCAGGUCCUGGAAGAAGCCCUCAAAUUCAUGCGCCACAGUCGACGCACGCUACUCACAACACAAGAUGUCGCGCAGGCCCUGCGCGUACUGGACGUGGAGCCACUUUACGGAUACGAAUCUACAAGGCCCUUGCGGUUUGGAGAAGCAUCACUGGGGCCUGGUCAGCCGCUGUUCUAUGUGGAGGACGAGGAAGUGGACUUUGAGAAGUUGAUAAAUGCGCCGUUGCCCAGAGUUCCUCGGGAGAUCUCUUUCACAGCCCAUUGGUUGGCGGUUGAAGGUGUACAACCGUCCAUCCCCCAGAAUCCUACGGCGGCCGACUCGAGAAACAUGGAACUGAUGUCCAAGGGACCCAACGCAAGCUCUACAUUGGCGGCCAUGAGUGGAGGAGGAAAUGUCUCUGUCAAGCCCCUGGUGAAGCAUGUGCUUUCCAAGGAACUACAGCUAUACUUCGAGAAGGUCUGCAACGCCUUCCUGGACGAGUCCAGUGAGGAGUACAGGACGUCGGGUUAUGCUAGUCUUCGAGAAGACCCUGGAUUACACCAGCUGGUGCCAUAUUUCGUGCAGUUCAUUUCGGAGAAGGUGACGCAUGGGCUGAAGGAUGUCUUCGUCCUGACGCAGGUGAUGCACAUGGCCGAGGCUCUGGUACAGAACAAGUCUCUCUACGUGGACCCUUAUAUUGCCUCACUUGUUCCACCGAUUCUGACCUGCCUGAUCGGCCGACAACUCGGUGGCAGUGCUGAAUUGACGGAACAAUUUGCCCUGCGCGACCUUGCAGCAUCGCUUCUGGGCCUUAUCGCCAAGAAAUAUUCCAAUUCGUCGCAUACACUGAAGCCACGCUUGGCCCGGUCGUGCCUGAAGACGUUCCUGGACCCGUCCAAGCCGUUUGGGGCGCACUAUGGCGCGGUGAUCGGACUACAUGCGGUUGGCGGUGCGGAGGCGGUUCGGGUGCUGAUCAUGCCUAAUCUGCCGACGUACGGCAACCUGCUCAAGGAUGGGAUGGCGGAAGAGAGUCCACGCCGGCCGGAGGCAGAGCGGGUGCUUAGCGUGCUGCUGGGGGUGCUGAACACGCUACGGGAGGGCCGGAUGGCACUGGCCAACGGUCAUGGCGCGAUGGUGACGGAUGGCCUUCGAGAUCGGCUGAGUCAGAAGGUGGGCGAGUUCCUGGCCGCAAAGAUUAGUGACGCGGGGGAAGUUGACCUCGCUCAUGCCAUUGUGGAGUCGUCAUCCUGA